GAGAGAUGGAGAAGAUACAAGGAGCUAUUAAAAAACAUGUCCUAGUACUUCCUCUUCCUCUGCAAGGACACAUAAAUCCAAUGCUCCAAUUCUCCAAGCGACUAGCCAGCAAAGGACUCAAAGUGACACUACUCACCUUCACUGACAAACCAUCCACCAAAGGCGAAGAUGGGUUAAUAAGCUUUGAAUCCCUUUCCAAUACCAGCGAAGAAAGCAGGACGGAUAAGGAUGGUGAUGACUAUAUGAAGAAAUUGCAAUACAUGGUGACACUAAAAUUGCCAGAAAUUGUUGCAAAGCAUGAGGAGUCUGAUUUCCCUGUGACUUGCCUCAUUUAUGACUCCAUCUUGCCAUGGGUUCUGGAGCUAGCCAGAAAGGUUGGAAUCUCUCCAGCGCCAUUCUUCACACAAUCGUGUGCAGUUUGUGCCAUCUAUUAUGCAGUUCAUGAAGGAAACCUUAAAAUUCCUAUUGAUGAUAAGGCCUUUGUAUUACUACAAGGGAUGCCAGCCCUUGAGGCCUAUGACCUGCCAUCUUUCGUUUAUGACUUGGAAAAGUAUCAAGGUGUAUUGAACUAUUUGGCAAGUCAGUUUUCGAACAUUGGAGAAGUUGAUUGGAUCUUUUACAACACUUUCGACAUCUUGGAACAAGAGGUGGCUAGCUGGAUGACAACCAAGUGUCCAAUAAGGCUAAUCGGACCAACAAUACCAUCAAUGUAUUUGGACAAGAUAUUGGAGGACGACAAGGACUAUGGCCUCAACCUAUUCCAAUCCAACAACGAAACUUGUCUCGAGUGGCUAGAUUCCAAGGAAGCUUGCUCAGUGGUUUAUGUAGCCUUUGGAAGCAUAGCUGCCUUGGGAGACAAGCAGAUGGAAGAACUUGCACAAGCCCUAAACACGAGCAACUACUACUUCUUGUGGGUGGUUAGGGAAUCAGAAGAGAAAAAACUUCCAAGAAAAUUUGUUCAAGAGACGUCAGAGAAAGGUCUAAUUUUAACAUGGUGUCCCCAAUUAAAAGUUCUGGCUCACAGGUCUGUAGGAUGCUUCAUGACUCAUUGUGGGUGGAACUCAGUACUUGAGGCUUUAAGCUUGGGAGUACCAAUGGUGGCAAUGCCACAGUGGACUGAUCAACCGACGAAUGCAAAGUUUAUUGCCGAUGUAUGGCAAGUUGGAGUCAGGGUAAAGAUGGAUGAAGAAGGAAUCGUCGGAAAGGAGGAAAUAGAGCAAUGUGUAAGGCAAGUAAUGGAAGGAGAGACAGCAAAUGAGAUGAGAAAGAAUUGUCAGAAAUGGAAGAAACUUGCUAAAGAGGCAGUAGAUGAAGGGGGAAGUUCUGACAAGAACAUUGAGAAUUUCGUAGAAGAACUCAAAUGCUCCUCUGAUAAUAGUAAAUAGUGAAACUGCAAACACAAGCUUGGCAUGUGUGUAAUUAAUAAGCACUCCAUUACGUGAAAAAACAAUGUAAAUUGUAUUGUUAUUACAUCGAGCAAUCGAUUCUUCCUGAAAUUAAUUAAAGUUUACUUGAAGGCAAAAAUUUAUUGGAAAUGGAGUUUUACCAUGGGUUU